GUCUGCUGAAUCAUCUUCACAGGCUGCGAGGAGUUAACUGGAACUCUCAGCUGCUCUCCACAUCUCAGAGACGCUCGGCGGCUCGACCCGCUGCAGCCGGCGGACGCUCGCCUGGAGGAUCCGUGUUCAGGAGGAUCUGACAUCCAGGACGUCUCUUCAGACAUCAGCAGCUCGUCUCCUGACUGCAGCACAGCGAGCGUCCAUAUUCUGACAUCAAGGAAACUUUCUGCAUCUCUUUUUUUGCUCGUUAAGGAAGUCGCUGUGCAGCCGGCGCCGCAGAGCGCCCGCUCUGAUGGAUGUUUUAGGUUUGGGAUGUUUCCAUCUUUCUUUUCCCAGCAUCGAGACGUUUUGAGGUUUGUUGUCUGUAAAUGGUUUCGUCUGAGCUCGACGGCGUGACGGCCGCACAAACUGCAGACGCCACGAGGAGGUGAGGCGAGGACGCCGAGGUCGAGCGCGUGGAGCCGGAUGCCUGCUGGUGUUUCUGUGUGUGUGUGUGCUGCCGGUCGUUGUCCAGAUGCCACACCGCGCCGCAGACACUCACAUCACAGAGCGCCACGGCGACUCGGCUGAGUUAUUUCCUGUUGCUCAACAUUUGUUGCAAGUGAAAUAAAUGAAGCAGUCGGACAUGAAAAGAUGAAAUCUCAGCGCGGACAAACAACUUCUACAAAUGUUUCUGGUGGAAACGCCGGCGAGUCAAGCUGGAGGUCGGCCAGUCGCCUCGGUGUGGAACGUGUUGCUGUGAUUGGAUGAUUACAGAGCGCUCUCUUCUUCUGCUCGACUAUUUUUGUUGUUGUUUUCAGUUUUUUGCGGGACACAGCCGGCAGCCGUCACUUCCUUCAGACCAGGAGCGAGAAGGGAAUCAUCUGGUUCUUUAACACAAAUUUAAACCUUCACGUAGGAAUCAGAACAUUUUAAUCACAGAUUGAUUUAAUGUGACAUUUUGAAUAAUUCCUCUCAGGAUCUGCAGCUUCUGUCUUCAUCAAACUGUUCUGAAGUUGUUCCCGGGCCUCCGUCACCACCAUGCUGCCCGGAGGCCUGGUGUCGGGCGGAGGGGGGCGCGGCGGCGGGCUCUGCCUGCUCCGGUGGCUCGGCCUCAGGCUGUGGUCCCGUCGGGGGACCCUGGUGUUCGCUCUGCUCUGGUUCGGCUCCUGGUUGUUCCUGAACGGUCUGGUUCUGGUCCACCGGAGCAUCCUGUCCGACUACUGCACCGACGACAAGAGCAAGAGGAUCCUGCAGAGACUGUGUCUGGAGUUCGGCGAGGGCUCGGUGACGGGGGACAUGUGCGAGGAUCUGUGUGUGCUCGGCCUGGUCGAGUACAAGCGCUGCCUCUACUACGAGAAUGGGAAGAAGGUGAUCGAGGCGCGCUGGAGAGGAAACCCCGUCAUCCUUAAGUCCAAACUGGAGAAUUUCUCCUCCUACGAACCGCUGGGUAUACUGGACUACCAGGACACAGCAGAGGAGCUCUCGCCUCUCGAUGUGGUUUUCUACGCCACUCUGGAAGUGAGAAACUCUCUGGGGCUGGCUGAGGACGACGAGGAUGAAGACGGAGGAGGAACUAACAGCUCUCUGGCCAGACUUUGGGGGAAGAAGCUAAAGAACAGAGACAAGAGUUACUCCAGAGCCGAGCUGGCCUCCCUCUGGUCUCUGCUGCAGCAGGAGGAGUACACCUUUCUCAGAGUCCUGCAGGACCUCAGCACCCACGUAGCAAAGGUGUUGGGCUCCUGUGGUCACUUCUACGCUGUGGAGUACCUGUCUGCUGGACACGCCUGGGACCAGAACAUCUUCUCCCUGGAGGAGGUGGCUGGUUCUGGGCCACGAGGGAGGUGGACUACCCGGGAGAUGGUGCACCGCAUCGCGCUGAGUUUUCUGGACAUGGUGUGGCACUUUGACAACGACUUCACCCACAAACUUCACCUGUGUGACAUCAAACCAGAGAACUUUGCCAUCAGGAAGGACCUGACGGUGGUGGCCAUCGACGUGGACAUGGCGUUCUUCGAGCCCAAGAUGAGAGACAUCCUGGACCAGAACUGCAGCAGCGACGACGACUGUAACUUCUUCGACUGCUCGUCCAGGUGCAACCUGAACAAGCGCAGGUGCAGCCCCCGCCGCCGCAACAGCAACCUGCAGGUGAUCUGUGAGAAGAUCUUCAGGCCGUGGUUUUCUCCCACGCUGCUCGGAGCCAAAGCAGGACUCCCGCUGCAGGUGGAGCUGCAGCAGGCGGUGCAGGAGUGCUCGGAGACAGAAGGAGGUGUGGAGGACAGACAGGAGGACGGAGCCGGAGGAGGAGGAGGAGAGACGGCUCAGGACGGGGGCGUCCAUCAGCGUCUCCUCAACAUCCUGACUCGCCUAGUCAAGGAGGGAGGGGCUUCAGGGGAAGGGGGCGGGGCCUGGGAGGGGAAAGGCCACGUCCACACUGCUCUGAACUUCUGAGGAGACGUUCAGAGACUGUGGGACAUUUGAAACUUCAACACAUCAAAGAUUUCUCUUGUGAACUGUUGAAAUCCUGGAAUUCAAGGAUCCUCAUGGAGAAUUCAGACUUUUGUUUACAAGUUAGCUGAAUUAGUCGCUGCAGUUUGAGCCACAAGGAUGAAAACCAGAUAUGGCCGGAUAUGUACCACUUCUGAGACGUAGAUCUGGUCGAACAUGAACUAUAAAUACAUACCACAUACCUCUGUACGUGUCCUGUUGGUCUGUUUCUCCUCGUUUGGCCUCUUCAGGCUGUUCACACCUGGUAUUAACAUGAGCGACUCUCACUUCCUGCUUUAUAUGUAAAAAAUGAACAAGAAGGUCCAAAUAAUGCAGAAUGAGUCAGAGACAGAGUUUCACAGAGUUUAUAAAGUGUCUCCAACUCAACAACUCACUAAACUGACACAUUUGUUAAGGGAGUCUGGUGCUGCUGUGGUUGGAUCAGAUGAAACAGACUGUGUGUGUCGGAUCCAUUCUGCCUGUUGUUGUUGUUGUUGUUGUUGUUGCUUCUUCUUCUUCGUUGGUGUCCUGUCACUACAGCAGCCAGCCCUCUCUGACAGAUUACAUCUUUGUCUGCGACACAUUAAUGUUUAAUCUACAAACUCCAUGCGGUCAAACACGGCACCGACCGCCUGGAUGAGCAGUUUGUGUGAUGGGAUCAGGACGCGUUGUGUGUUCAGAGUUGUGUACUUGUGUUAGUCCCAGGUGUAAACAGACAACUCGCUCCACAUGAAGGGAAAUCUGACAGAGACGUUUCAGACGACAGUGUUGUUUCAGCUGUGAGUCAACAGUUUGUCUCAGAGCAGCUCUGUACACUAACAGGACGGUGCUGAAGAACUGGACCGCAGAACCCGACCUUUUCCCCCACAGUCCCCGCUGUUCAUCAUCUGGGGCGUUUCCAGAUUUCAUGUCAACGUGAUUCUGAAAAUGUCAUCACGGUGAAUCUGGAAACAUCCGGAUCAGGACCGGAGAGCUGAGCCGCGAGCUCAGCGAUGCGUUCAAUGUCUCCUCAUCAGAGGAGGUUAUUAUAGAUCCAGUACACGAGGAUCCGCUCUGCUUUAUCCACUUAGUCUCAGUGAGAUUUAUUACAGAAGCUGCAGACGAGCGUUUGUAACGAAGUCUCAUCACUAACGACGUCAGCCGGCAGGUUAGCGGACGACGGUCGGCUCUCGCUCAGCUUCUGGUUCAGUUUGGGUUUUUCAAACAGAUUCACUUUUAAUCAAAGCUGCUGUGAUUUAGCUGAGUCGGCUUCAUUGUGAUGUACAGUAGACGUGUAACGACGACGUUCAGUUGAAUAAUAAAGUGUGUGACGAUGUCCUGCUGCGUUUGUCAUCAAUACACAACUCAACAACCAGCUACGACCACAGCGGGCUGAACAGAGAGAUGUUCACUAAGUUCUAAAGAUGAUUUCUGUUUCUUGUUUCUGUCUCUCGGAUCAGAACGAGAGGCGAGUUCUGACUGCAGCCGUCCACAGUCCAGUUAUUCUGUGAGAAAUGUCCAGUAUGUGAUCAUCGCUUUGAUUUAUACGUAUCGUAAAGUUUCAAACUUAUAAACGCAGCAAAGUUUAAAUCUCCUCCAGCUGCUUCUCUAAACUCAGCAGCUGGUCGUUCCUGCUGGCGGCUGAUCGUCCUCCAACCAAACGCAUCAUUAGUGAGUUUAGAUAAAUCUAACGCCCCUCAUCCGUCUGCUGACAGCUGGGUGGAGGUGCACUGAACUAUUUUCUACAUCAUCGAGCCAGGAAGACAGAAAAGAGGUAAAAACCUCUGUGGUUUUCUUCCUCUGGGCAGAUCGAGUUUCAGCGUUCCUGCAGAAACCUGAGAGGAAGCAGAGAAGCAGCAGGAGGGUGGAGGAGGGAGACACAACAUGUCAGACACAACCUCCAUCCUCCUGGACCAACGAGUCACAACAGACACUCAAACUCCUGUUACAAAAUCCUGACACAUGUGGAUCACAGACUUCAACAUGAGGCUGAAGUUUAAUGACGCGAGGCCUCAAGACUGACGUGACUCAGAGCCGCGUCUGAUGUUCCUGUUAAAA